GCAUAUAAAGGCCAAAUGCUAAAAUGCGUUUGUCUCCAAAGUAGGCAGUUUUGGUUUCCUCGAGAGCUCCAAGCUUUACUUUUGGACGCCAAAUGGAAGUAUCUUUUCAACAGAUGUACAGCCUCCGGAAAGCACAUAUCUGAUCUCAUCUCUCUCUCCUUCCUCACUCUCUCCAGCAACAGCUCAGCAGAAUUCCACAGAAACCAUACAACAAUAUCAGAAAGGGAGAGGGAGAGUCAGCCAUCCAUGUCUGACUCCGAGCUAAUAAUCCUCUGCCUCCUUCCCUCAAUCUUGGCUCUGCUUCUCGUCUCCAUCCUCAUCCAGAGGAAGCACCAGACGCGGUUCAAGCUCAACCUCCCGCCCGGCCACGCCGGCUGGCCUUUCCUCGGCGAGACCAUUGCCUACCUCAAGCCUUACUCCGCCACUUCCAUCGGAGCCUUCAUGGACCAGCACAUCUCCAGGUUUGGGAAGAUAUACAGGUCGAAUCUGUUCGGGGAGCCGACGAUCGUGUCAGCCGACGCGGAGCUGAACCGGUUCAUCCUGCAGAACGAGGGGAGGCUGUUCGAGUGCAGCUAUCCGAGGAGCAUCGGGGGGAUCCUCGGCAAGUGGUCGAUGCUGGUCCUGGUCGGGGACAUGCACAGGGACAUGCGGAUCAUCUCCCUCAACUUCCUCAGCCACGCCAGGCUCAGGACCGUCCUGCUCAGGGAAGUCGAGCAGAGCACUCUGCUCGUGUUGAGCUCUUGGAAGGAGAACUGCACUUUCUCUGCUCAAGAUGAAGCCAAGAAGUUCACGUUCAAUCUGAUGGCGAAGCAUAUAAUGAGCUUGGACCCCGGAGAGGCGGAGACAGAGCAGCUGAAGAAGGAGUACGUCACUUUCAUGAAAGGCGUGGUGUCUCCGCCGCUGAAUUUCCCCGGAACCGCCUAUCGAAGGGCUUUGCGGUCGAGAUCGACGAUUCUGAAGUUCAUAGAGAGGAAGAUGGAGGGGAGGGUCCGGAGGAUGAAGGAAGGAGGAGUGGGGGAGGGCGCGAGGGAGGACGACGAUCUGCUGGGGUGGGUGCUGAAGCACUCGAACCUGUCGACCGAGCAGAUCUUGGACUUGAUACUGAGCCUGCUCUUCGCCGGCCACGAGACCUCCUCGGUCGCCAUUGCUCUGGCCAUCUUCUUCCUGCAGGCUUGCCCCAGAGCAAUCGACCAGCUGAGGGAAGAGCAUCUCGAGAUCGCGAGAGGGAAGAAGAAAGCCGGAGAGACGGAGCUGAACUGGGAGGACUACAAGGAGAUGGAAUUCACCCAGUGUGUGAUUAGCGAGACGCUCCGGCUGGGGAACGUGGUGAGGUUUCUGCACAGAAAGGCGCUGCGGGACGUCAGGUACAAAGGGUAUGACAUUCCAUGUGGAUGGAAAGUGCUGCCGGUGAUAGCAGCCGUGCACUUGGAUCCCCUGCUUUUCGACCACCCUCACCACUUCAACCCUUGGCGGUGGCAGAACAAAUGUGCUUCUAACCCUCAAGGACAGUCAUCGCAAUAUUCGUCGUCUUCAACAUCGUCUUCCUCGACAUGCCUGAGUGCAAAUUACUUCAUGCCGUUUGGUGGAGGACCACGGCUCUGCGCGGGAUCCGAGCUGGCGAAGCUCGAGAUGGCGGUUUUCAUCCACCAUUUGGUCCUCAACUUCAGCUGGGAGCUAACUGAGCCGGACGAAGCUUUCGCCUUCCCAUUCGUCGACUUCCCUAAAGGCUUGCCCAUCAGAGUUCAACACCACAAUUUGCUAUGACACCACCCCCACUACCGUAAGAAAAAAAAAAAACAGGAGACCUCGGUCUCUCUUUCAGUUUCAGCCUCAGGCUCUGUGGGUGGAGAGUUGAUUCCGCAUUCACGUGCCGGACAUAGAAAGGAAGGAAGAAGAGAACAAAAGUGCCUCACGGCUGGUGUGCGAGAGGAUUUUGAGCUCUUUGGAUUUUCCAACGGCUUUGUGUGUGAGUUGUUCUUGACUCUACAUGUAAAGCUCACAUGAUGAAAGGGAAGAGACGCAGAAGUUAUGCGGUGAUUGAUGAUGCAUUUUGGACCACAUCCGCCCAUACAGAAUCCCCAAAACCCACCACACACUUCUCUCUCAAUCUCUCUCUCUCUCUCUAUAUCCAUUGCUCUGUAAAUGUUAUUAUUAUAUGGGUAACUCCAUGUAGAUGUUGAUUAUUCAUUUGUAUGUGAUAUGAGUUUUUUUUGUUUUCUACUUUAUCAUUUUCUUUCGUUCUCUUUUUGUCCGUUUUCGAAUUCAACUUGGUGUCUGUACCGUGGACUUUGUGGACGAGUCGAUGGACGCAAAGAAAUUGAUGUUGAGUAAA